CCCGGCAUUCGUGGGGCGGGGAGGAGUCGGCCUCCCGGAAUCCUGGUCCCGGCGUGCACUUCUGGAGGACUUCAGGUACCGGCGUGCCCCGCGUCCUACUGUCCGCCUGCUCGCGUCCUGGGUGCCGCCUCUGAGUAGGGCGGGCGAGGAGGCAGCCAAGGCGGAGCUGAUGGCUGCGCCGAGGGCGGGGCGGGGUGCAGGCUGGAGCCUUCGGGCAUGGCGGGCUUUGGGGGGCAUUCGCUGGGGGAGGAGACCCCGGUUGACCCCUGACCUCCGGGCCCUGCUGACGUCAGGAACUUCUGACCCCCGGGCCCGAGUGACUUAUGGGACCCCCAGUCUCUGGGCCCGGUUGUCUGUUGGGGUCACUGAACCCCGAGCAUUCCUGACGUCUGGGAUCCCGGGUCCCCGGGCACAACUGACUGCGGUGACACCAGAUAUCAGGACCCGGGAGGCCUCAGAGAACUCUGGAACCCUUUCGCGCGCGUGGCUGGCGGUGGCGCUGGGCGCUGGGGGGGCAGUGCUGUUGUUGUUGUGGGGCGGGGGUCGGGGUCCUCCGGCCGUCCUCGCCGCCGUCCCUGGCCCGCCGCCCGCUUCUCCCCGGAGUCAGUACAACUUCAUCGCAGAUGUGGUGGAGAAGACAGCACCUGCCGUGGUCUAUAUCGAGAUCCUGGACCGGCACCCUUUCUUGGGCCGCGAAGUCCCUAUCUCGAACGGCUCAGGAUUCGUGGUGGCUGCCGAUGGGCUCAUUGUCACCAACGCCCAUGUGGUGGCUGAUCGGCGCAGAGUCCGUGUGAGACUGCUUAGUGGCGACACGUAUGAGGCUGUGGUCACAGCUGUGGAUCCCGUGGCAGACAUCGCAACGCUGAGGAUUCAGACUAAGGAGCCUCUUCCCACGCUGCCUCUGGGACGCUCAGCUGAUGUCCGGCAAGGGGAGUUUGUUGUUGCCAUGGGAAGUCCCUUUGCACUGCAGAACACGAUCACAUCCGGCAUUGUUAGCUCUGCUCAGCGUCCAGCCAGAGACCUGGGACUCCCCCAAACCAAUGUGGAAUACAUUCAGACUGAUGCAGCUAUUGAUUUUGGAAACUCUGGAGGUCCCCUGGUUAACCUGGAUGGGGAGGUGAUUGGAGUGAACACCAUGAAGGUCACAGCUGGAAUCUCCUUUGCCAUCCCUUCUGAUCGCCUUCGAGAGUUUCUGCAUCGUGGGGAAAAGAAGAAUUCCUCCUCUGGAAUCAGUGGGUCCCAGCGGCGCUACAUUGGGGUGAUGAUGCUGACUUUGAGUCCCAGCAUCCUUGCUGAACUACAGCUUCGAGAACCAAGCUUUCCCGAUGUUCAGCAUGGUGUACUCAUCCAUAAAGUCAUCUUGGGCUCCCCUGCACACCGGGCUGGUCUGCGGCCUGGUGAUGUGAUUUUGGCCAUUGGGGAGCAGAUGGUACAAAAUGCUGAAGAUGUUUAUGAAGCUGUUCGAACCCAAUCCCAGCUGGCAGUGCAGAUCCGGCGGGGACGAGAAACACUGACCUUAUAUGUGACCCCUGAGGUCACAGAAUGAAUAGAUCACCAAGAGUAUGAGGCUCCUGCUCUGAUUUCCUCCUUGCCUUCCUGGCUGAGGCUCUGAGGGCACCGGGACACAGGGUUAAAUGAACCAGUGGGGGCAGGUCCCUCCAACCACCAGCACUGACUCCUGGGCUCUGAAGAAUCACAGAAACACUUUUUAUAUAAAAUAAAAUUAUACCUAGCAACA